UAUGUGACGGCGACGAGCUCAUGAAUAUCAUCACACUGUCAAGAGCAAGACAGGAUGACGAAGAGCGGAAACAGAAUUCCUUUCACUGCCGCAAGCUAUUGGUUUUCCCAACAUAAAUGCACACUAUUCUCUACGACAGAAAAAUGUUCCUCUUCCGCAACAGAAGACGUUUGCGAUGAGUAUAAAUCUGCAUACAUUCUAUGGACUUCGGCAUGAGACGGGUGAGUGGUUAGCUUUAUAUUCCAGCCGCUUUGUCCUGAGAAAAUAAGCUCGGUAUCUGUUAGACAGGAUGCUGUGUGGCUCCAGUGCCAACCUGAACCUUUGUGUUCCGCGGCUUCGUCCUUUCAGAAAAAAGAACUCCCUGAUAUCCAGCUGGGUGAACUCCAAAGCAGGUACGGAAACGCUGGAGAAGUGAAAAAGACUUGAUUCUGACGGGAAUCAAACCCCGAUCGUCUAUCCUGUAGUCAGUGACUUUACUAAGCUAUCACGGUUAAUCAUGGAUCCGCUAUGAAUUGUUCUAUCCACGCGCAGAAACAAGAAGUCGAAUAAAAGGAGUGGAGAUAAAACUUCACUACGAACUGAAGACAGAAUGGUGAUGUUCAGAUUCACUCUCUUGCCGUUUUAUGACUCGAGAAAAGUGCUCACGGUAAAGGAUGGAGGCUACAGGGGCCGCAGCAUGUGGCAAAGUGAACAAUCCUCAUCAGGAAUUUAACCAUGGUCGUCCAGUCCACAGUAUCUUUUCUCACCCAACAGUCAGUGUCCGCUUUACUUAACAUCGCGUAUUUCAGAAGACAGCGCGCGGACAUGAAAAAGCAAAACGUGGUUCAGACCUCGGCACGAAAUAAAUUAGCGUCACACUCCGACUGCUUUACCCCUCCGGCUACAGAUCCGGUACCUAUUACACAGGAAGCUGAGUGGGCCACACCCAGUGUGGAUGUGCUGACAGGAAAAAAAAACUCUGCCGGAAAUCAAACCCAGCAAUUAAGCCAGUCGCUUUACGGACAGAUCUUAAUGUCGACGUGAAAUAUGAUUAGUAAAUACAUAUGAACGUCGAGAAGUGGAAAGGAAUGAGGAUCGUGGCCCGUGUCGGUAUUCUGAUAUUAGUGUGGACAGACUGAUUUAGAAAGAAAAAAGUCACGAUGAGAAGUAAUUUCCCUCAUGACUGGUAACUGCAAUGAAGCCCAAGUCUGUCGAUAAGCCAUUGCACCUGAAUCUUUACAACUUUAAUGCACUAGCUGCUCAAGACUCUCCAUAUGUUCUGACAAGCCCACGCUCCUUGCAAGCAUGCCGCAAAGCUGGCUACAAGCCAGUGGAACUCCUGUACAGGAGUCUUCAAGAGUACCAAGACGACCUUGCAGCAGAGAAUUCUACCCAGGUGUAUCAACUUUAUAAAGACCAGGAACAGGAACGGUUAAAUAAGCUAGAAAAAUGCCGUGCCAUUAGAGAGGAACUCAUGACACAAUCAGGACCACUUAAGGAGAAUUCACCACCCUUGUCUUCUACUGAUAAUAAAAAUAAAAUAACGACCUUGAUUACCUCAGCUCGUAAAGAACAGCUUGACAAAGAGAACACAUCACGAUCAACAGGAAAGCAAGCAUUAGCACUGAAAGCACUAGAAAACAACCAGGAUAGUGAUCUGAAGCAUGAACGUAUUGAUACACAGUAUCUGACUGGUGAAACAUCCACAUCUGAUUUAACCAAUAAUAGGAAAUCUACAUCCACUUCUGCAUCAAAAAAUUGCAGUUCACCAGAUAUCAGAAGAAGCAAGAAAAUCAUUGGAAAAUGCAAGAAUAUUUCCACACCCCCACAUUUGCAACUGCAUCUUGGAAGUUCAUCUUCAGAAAUCUCAUCCAUUUCCUCCACAUCAACAUCAGUAAAACUGUUAAUGAGAAAUACUCGACUAAUCAACAGUCACUUUGAUAAAUCAUGUAGCAGAACUUCAACCAAAUACCUGCAAAAGAUCAGGUCUUUGCCUUCAUCUGCCAGUUCACAUGCAACCAACAGGCACAAUACAAAACAUCAAACUCUGACGAGAAAGCAGAAUGGUCAUGACUACCGAAUCACAACUAACUCCGUCUCUAAUCACACAAGCUGUGGUGUUAGCAGGAACAUCAAUGCCAUUCCAUUAAAGAGGAAACAAGUGUCUUUCAGCUAUAUCAGCACAGACAACUUACAUCUGUCUGAACACGAUCGUCGCAUCCUUGAGUCAAUGGCCCUCAAGAAAAAAAUUGAGAGAGAAAGUGAUGAGUUUGCCUACCAGGCUCAUCAGCUCUGGGAACAGGACAGGGAGGAAAGAGAACAGCAAAGCAGUAUGGAGAUGGCACAGUGGAGGGAGAUAGUGGCAGAAAGGCGAAGAAUGCAGAACACUGAAAACUCGCGUAAAAUGGAGGAGAUGAAGCAGAGUCUCCGGCAAUCACAACAGCAACUAGAGCACAGAAUUCGUCAAAAAGAAGAACGUGCCGCAAACUUACGCUAUGCUGUAGAGGAGCGAAAGAUGAGUAAAGUCGAGGAACGCAGUCAGUCUGCUGCGAAGCGUCAGGCCGAAGCGGAAGCAGCAUGCCAACAAAGAGAGCUGGAAGCAGCACUGUGGCAGCAAACAUUAGAUGAACAGCAGAAGCUGCGGCUUGAGAGAGCAGAAAUGACAAGGAUGCAAAACCAAGAAACUUAUCGGAGGAGAGUUGCCAGCGCCAAUCGAGUAGAAGAACUCCGUCAUCAAGAACGUUGGCAGCAGAUGCAAGAAGAAACCAAGGUGGCACUACAAGAACUGCGCAGACUCUGUCAACAACGAGAAGAACGCGCACAAGAAAAGUUUAAACAGAUCCAGAAGGACCGUAGUAGGCAACUUAAGGGACAGAGCUUAGAACGAUCAGUCAGAUUUCAACAAGUUCAUCAACUGCAUGAUGAUCUUGAUGUGGGACUGAACAAGUGGCAGGGUCAGGUACUGUCCUUGCAGUGGAAGGCAACACAGGAAGCAGAAGUUAAAGCGACACGUCACUUGGAGAGCAAGCGACAGAAGGUAGAGAAUGAGAACAGGGCACGAUGGCAACACCACACACAUCUCAUGGACAGGCUAAGCCGUGAUGAUGAAGCUCGAGUGUGCUAUAUUCGAGAGCUCAUAACUCGGAAGGAGACAAAGAUGCAGAGAAUGGCCAAAGAGCGUGAUAUGGCCAUAAGAGAGUCUCGCCUGCAAGCACAGACAACAGCUGAUCUCCGAGAGCAUAUCAGGAGAACAUUAUCACCAGAGACGUUUGACCGUAAGGUCGCACGUGUCGCUCUGGAGAUGAGAAUUGCUGGUCGUCCGCCCACCGCAAGUCCUCCAAUGACCAGAUCUCACAUCUUCCUUGGCUGACUGUCGUUUGACG